GGGGCGCUGUUCGUUUCCGGUGAUGCGGCGCGUGGCGUCUUGCCGUCGUCUAGGUCACGCCCCUCUCACGGACAAAAUGGGGGAACACAGCGUUUGUUUUUAUGUUUGAGUGCAGUAGACAUUAAUAAUCAUUAAUAAGUUUGCUAACAUAAAUCAGAGCGUGCAUGUAAACGCAGACAUUACGCUGUGUGGAGUGAGCCUGCGUUGAAGGAUGGAUAAGGAAGGCUGCAGCGCUGUGGCGAUGACUAGGUCCUGGGGCUUCCGCCGGAGCACCCUCGCCAGGCGGGAGUUCAUGCAAGCCGUGGGCUCUGUGGACAGCAGCCCUCCGGUCCAGCGCCGCAGGGGUCGGGGCCGGGGCAGAGGGGCUGACGAGAGCGGCCGGACUCCUGUGGCCUCUAAACGGGGUCGAGGUCGCGUGCCUGCGCUCACUCCCGCAGGUAAUCUCAGCAGUGAGAAUGAAGCUCGGGAAACAGUGCCGUGUGAGGAGCGCCUCAGUGAAGGAGUCCCGUCGGAUCGAGCUGAAGACAGCGACGAUCUCAAUCUCCAAGAGAUUCGGAAGCGGGCUGUGGCUCAAAAGCUGCAAGAGCUCAAGCAUGACGAUGAUGCUGCUGCGAAAGGCACAGAAGAUAUCGACGUAGGGCUGAGCUUACUGAUGGAACGGGAAGAGAUAGUGUCAGAAGAAACGGAUAUCACGUCAGGAGGAGGAAAGGUGUGCUCCUCUACAGCCACAGGGGCAGGUGGGACUUCUGUCGCUGCAGCAGGAGCUCGGGAAACCACUGCAGGUGGAAGAGCAGAGGAAGACCAUGAGCUUGCAGAGGAAGAACAGGAGGAAUUCUCUGAAAAUAGCAAGGAAGACACUGAAAGGAUGAAUCCGGAUGCUGUCUGCUGCACAUGUCAACAAGGACACAGUAACAGGUUGAUGAUGUGCUGUGACUGUGUCGGCGUCGCAGAGACUUGCGCUCAUCUCCUGCAGAGAAAAAGAGAAUAUGCUUGUCCCUCAUGCUCUGAUGACUGGGACGCCACGAGAACCAACGGUCCCAGAGAAAAACACGAAAUCGACUCAACUUGCGUGGUGGAGAUUGAGCAGCCAGUGGAGGAGGAGAUUAAGGCAGAGGAGAAGGCGGCAUUACCUAAAUGCAUUGGACCAGGCUGCAGUAAUGACUCUCUGCCCGAGUCAGUGUACUGCGGUCAUCAGUGUAUUGUGCGGCAUGCAGCAGCGGCCAUGAAGUCUCUCUCUGAACCCAAAAUUGAGACAAAGCCUGCUGACCCGCCUCUCAAGAGCGAGAAACGAUCAUUUCUUGCAAAGCUUUUCAAGGUGAAGAUCAGUAAGACGCCGGCACAGGAAGAGCGUGUGAGCAAGCAAGAACUGGAUGAAGAGUCACUGUGCUCCACUACAGUCAUUGAGCCUGUACAAUCAACCACACCAUCCAGUCCUGCUCCAGAGUACAAACACACCGUUAAAGAGAAAGAUGAAGUUGAGUGCAGUAUCAGCACACCACAGAGCCAACCUUCAGAUUUGACUCCAGAUGUUUCCUCUUCUGAAAAAACGCCUGCAGCCCCACUAAUUAAGAAGUCCACUCCAGGAAGAGCAAAGAAAACCAUGCCAGGCUCUCCACGACUGGAGCUUCUUAAAGGGGCUCUCAGUAAAAGCCCUUUGUCUAUCCCUAAAAAGCCCUGUGAAUCCAAGGCACCCGUUGAGUCCAGCAAAGCCGCAGAAGUGGUUCCCUGCGGCCCCUGGGCAGAGGAGCCCACUGUGGCCCCUCACGCCAGUCCUCUCCUGAUGAGACAAAGCAUUCGCCGCUCGCUGAGUACAGUUCUCUGCAGAAGGUUCAGUCAGAGUGAUGAUUUGAAGAUUUCUGAGAGUGAAAUUGAAAAGAUGGUUGUGCACAUGGAGAAAGAGAUGUUCAACAUGUGUUACACAACAGAUGAGGAGUAUAAGAAUAAAUACCAGUAUCUCGUCCUCACCUUGAAAGAUCCCCAAAACAAGGAACUGUGUCAUCAGGUUUUGAAAGGAAACAUGCCUUCAGUGAAGCUCAUUCAGUUGAGUCAGCAGGAGGAAUCUGCUGCUGGUCCACUGCUGCAGAUCUCAAUGAAGAAGGAAUCGUCCCUUUUUUCUGAGGAUGUGGAAGAACCAGCUGCUCCUCCUGAGAAAGUGAUGAGCGUAGACACCACAACGUCCCCGAGCGCAACCACUCCUUCAGAGGAGAAAUCGUCUCUGAAGCUGCCUCAGGUGAAGGAAGUAAGCUUAGGUGCUCCAGAUGUGACCAGCUGCAUGCUGAAAGACACUACAGCAGAACAUAAGCGCCAUCUCUUUGACCUUAAUUGCAGGAUAUGUACAGGCCAAGUAUCCACUGAUGAUCCUGAAACCAAGAAACCCAAGAUGACAAUGACAAAAGAUGAGACAGAAAAGGAGAAAUCUUCAGGGGUUGUUCACGUGAUCGAUGAAGCGUUGGCUCCACCAGCGCUGGACUCUGAUAUAUUCGAGUCCCCUGCUUCUCCCAGCGGGGAGGACCUAAACUCACAGAUACCCUCAGCAGAUUUCUCUCCUGUGUUGAUACCUUCAGUUCCCACGGUGUCCAUCUCAAGAAGAGACCCCCGUACAGCACAAUACCGACAAGCUCCACCAUCGUCUGCUGUCUCAGAGUCUGCCUCAAUCCCACAGCAGCAUCCGCACCCUGUGAAGAACGCACCAGAAUCUCUGAAAGAGACGCUUCCACCACAUGUGUCCGUACCUUUGCCUGCUCCUAUGCCAAAAUCAAUCCUCAUGAAACCUCCACCAGCGUCUCUGGACACUUCAUAUGGCUCAAUGACAAGGCUGGCAGAUUGUGAUAAAGGAACAAAACAGUUUUUAUCCAAACAGAGCAUUUUAUGGAAAGGCUUUCUUAACAUGCCAACUGUGGCCAAAUUUGUCACAAAGGGAUACUUGAUUUCUGGCUCUCCUGACUUGCUAAAAGAGGACUUACCAGACACUAUACACAUAGGAGGAAGGAUAUUACCUCAAACUGUGUGGGAAUAUGUUGAUUUGAUAAAGACAUCAGAGGCAAAGGAGCUGUCAUUAAUCCGGUUCCAUCCCUCUCCUGACUUGCUAAAAGAGGACUUACCAGACACUAUACACAUAGGAGGAAGGAUAUUACCUCAAACUGUGUGGGAAUAUGUUGAUUUGAUAAAGACAUCAGAGGCAAAGGAGCUGUCAUUAAUCCGGUUCCAUCCAUCAUCUGAAGAGGAAGAGGUUGCAUAUGUCUCUCUGUUUUCAUAUUUCAACAGUCGUAGGAGAUUCGGGGUUGUUUCUAAUAUUUGUAAACACAUCAAAGAUCUUUACCUCAUUCCUCUGAGUACAAAGCAGUCCAUCCCUGCGGUGCUUCUUCCCAUAGAGGGACCAGGGAUUGAACAGAAUCACCCUAAUCUCCUAAUAGGGCUAGCAGUCUGUCAAAAGCCGAAGCGUCCCGAGGGAUUGCCACAAGAUGUUGGUGAAAAGAAUUCUAGGUCCUUGAUGUGUUUAGAUGGGAAGGGAACCAGCAAUCCUACCUCACUAAAUGAUCCUGGACAACAUAGCAUAAAGGCUUGUGAUGCUGACAUCUUCCUCGACUCAAAUCCUGCUGGAUCCUUACCUUCAGUUGGGUUACCAGACCCAUCAUGCUCUGCCAGCUCUCUAUGUGCCCCAUCUUCUCUCCCUAGCGUGUCAAAUCCCACCCCAUCUGUCACUGUGGGCCCAUCCAAAGACUCCACCAGUACCACCCCACUUCAGACCAUCCUUAACACAUUAUUUGGGCAAAAGAAACAACCCUCAGAUGUCACAGAGUGUAAGAUAAGCUCAUUAACAGAUACGGUUCAGAUUUGUCAUCAGACUUCCAAGGAGAUUACCCUCAAAGAGCUUUCCGUUUACAAUAUAGAAAUUCAUCACAAUCGGACACAGAUCAAUUCUAUUCCAGAGAACUGCCUCAAAAUAAAAGAGGAAAGUUUCUGCAUGAUGGAGACAACAACAAGCAACCUUAUGUAUCUCACGAACAGGAAGAAUUCUCCACAGACAAAUGUGUUCACCAAAAACAUCCAAACCACAGGCUCAGAAGGUUUCCAGUGGAAGCGACCGAUCAGGUUCAUCAAAGUCAGCAACCCACGCCUGACCAGUUACACGAAUGCAACUUUGAAGAACCUGAAACCGCUGGAUUAUGUCACAAAAAAUACACAUCUUAUAAACAAGGGCAGAAUUUUCAUGAGGAUGAAUCUGUCCAGUUUCAGCAAAGAGAGUCACUAUUAG